CAAUCACUUCACUUUUCUUUCAGUGAUAGUAAACACACACAUUGUCAGAGAGACAGUUCUAGCUGUUGUUCAGUGUAUUCAGCACCAGACAUCCAAUCGGAAAACGGGGGCUUAAAUAGUAAAAUAGUCAAAUUUGGAAAUGAUCAAGUACCUGAAGCUAAUGGCCGCCGUCUCUGGGUUGAUGUUCCUGGGCUAUUGCGUGUAUUUCGACAAGAAGCGUCGCAGCGAUCCGGACUUCAAGCGGAAGCUGCACGAGCGCCGCAAUCGUCGCCAGGCUACCAAAGCCAUACCUCGGGACCUCAAUGAUAAGGAUAUGGAAAUGUACUUUCUCGAUCAGAUGCAGCGCGGCCAGGUCUUGAUCAUGAACGGCGAUAUCGAAGGUGGAGUGGAUCAUCUGAUCAACGCUAUCUUUGUGUGCAACCAACCGGCCAAGCUGCUCCAAGUGCUCCAGACCACGCUGCCAACGGAGAUCUUCACCAUGAUGCUGAUCAAAAUGCAUGCCUAUGAGAGCGGCCAGAAGCGUCCAGAUUUUCCACCCGUUGUCGCCAGCGAGGUGAGCAUCAAUGCCGUCGAAUGAGUAGAGCCCGGAUCCAGCUCCAUUGGAUUCAUUCCAAAUUAAAGGUCCUUUUAGUUUUCUCAAACGGAAAAUAGUAUUUUGUUCAUUCGAUUCACUUGCAAAUACAGUCAAUAUUUAACAACCAUGCAGAAAGUA